AUCUUUUAAUAUUGUUUUGAUAACUUAUGAAAAUGUUUUUUACUAUUGAUAAGAUUAUCGACUACAACUUAUAUCAAUGAAUCAAUUUGUUUUUCAUGUCGUCUUCAAAAGGGCCCUGUUCCGGCAGAAAAAGAAAAGGAGAAAAAUCACCGCGCAUUGUAUCAUUUUAUUUUAAAUCGGAAAAAUGGGUGAGGACACUCAAGGAAACAUUUUCCCAUCAAUAGAAGGAUUCUGGAAUGCUACUCUUACCUCAGAGGAAAAGAAAAAAACAUGGUAUGACACAACUUUAUCUUAUUGGGAAAAAUCCGAAGCGUCCGUUAACGGAGUUCUCUCGGGCCACUCUUACUUAUCCGAUUUAGAUUUACAAGGAUCCAACAUGUUUCUUAAUUGCAUCAAAUCGAAAGCUACACCACAAGAUCAAAUUGAUAUGUUUUCUUACGUGAUUGAUUGUGGUGCUGGUAUUGGUCGCAUAACAAACGGAUGCCUAAUACGUCAUUUUCAACAAUGUGAUCUCUUAGAACCUAUUCAACAUUUAUUAGACACCGCUAAAGAACAAUUACACUCUAUUUUUCAUGUCAAAAAUUUUUAUUGUCUCUCACUUGAAAAUUUUUUUCCGCCUUCAAACGUUUAUAGCUGUUUUUGGCUACAAUGGUGCGUAUUAUACUUAACUGACGAGGAUUUGAUUUCUUGUUUAAUACGAUUGCGUAAGGCGUUAAAGCCAAAAGGUUUUGUAUGUAUUAAGGAAAAUGUUAUCUUAAAUGGAUCAAAGUUUUAUUUGGAUCGCAGUGACAACUCUCUUAUGAGAACUGAAUUACAUUACUUACAAAUUUUCGAAAAAGCAGGAUUUAAAAUUUUUCUUUCCAUGCGACAAACAAAUUAUCCUAAGUAUCUUAUACCCGUCAUGAUGUAUUGCCUUGUUGAUAAUACUUGUGCUGAAUUGAAAUAGAAAAAGGUUAGUUAUAAAAAAGAAAUAUUAUUUUCAGACUAUCGUUCUACAAAAAAAAAAACUUUGUUUUGAGCAAUGCUCUCAAGAAAAUUUCAUUUUAUCUCGGUUUCUUUUUGGCUAUAAUUUUUUAUUUUAACAGAAUUUUAUUUAAAUUUUUUUAAAAACUAAUGCCUUCUCUCUUAAGAAUACAUGGACUUUAAGAUAAUGCUAAAUUAUGAUAUCGAUAAUUAUUUUA